AUGAGCAGUAGCCGCAUCUGCGUUGCCGUGCGGAAGCGACCUACCGCCGACGUUGACAAAGACAUCGUCGUUGCGCAGUCGCCGCACCUGGUGGUAAAUGAGCCCAAAGUAAAGUAUGACUUGACCCCCUACACGGAGCGGCACCAGUUCACAUACGACCAAGUGUUGGAUGAGAAUUCUAACAACGCGCUUGUGUACCAGCGUUGCUGCUCGAAACUUAUUGGCACUCUCUUUAAUCACGGCAACGCCACAUGUUUUGCCUACGGGCAAACAGGCAGCGGCAAGACACACACGAUGCUCGGUAACGAUCAUGAGCCAGGUCUGUAUGCCAUCGCGGCCAAAGAUAUCUUCUCACGUGCUGCUCCACUGAACGCUGAGGUGUAUAUAUCUUUCUAUGAGAUUUACGGCCGUAAAAUAUUUGACUUGUUGAAUAACAAGGAGCGUCUGGUGGCACGUGAGGACGCAGAGAAGGUGAUUAACAUCUGUGGUCUAAGCGAGCACAAGGUAACCGACAUUCAAGGUCUCUUUGACAUCAUCUCGCGUGGUAGCACCUACCGAGCUGCUGGGCAGACAAGCGCCAACAGUGAAAGUAGUCGAUCACAUGCAGUCUUACAAAUGGAGGUAAGGGAGACGCAUAACCGCCGCGCCAAAACAAUUGGGCGAAUCUCCUUUAUUGACCUGGCAGGAAAUGAGCGGGGUGCCGACACAUUUGACUGCGAUCGUAAGACGCGCAUGGAGGGUGCGGAGAUUAAUAAGUCCCUCCUCGCAUUAAAAGAGUGUAUUCGGGCACUUGGAAUGGGCAAAUCCCACGUCCCUUUUCGGGGAUCCAUCUUAACGGAGGUGCUGCGGGACUCAUUUGUUGGUAAUAGCCGGACAACGAUGAUUGCCACAAUUUCUCCCACAUCAGCCCACUGCGUCAACACACUCAACACACUCCGUUACACGCAGCGCGUGAAGGACCUCGGCGGAGAAUCGAAGCCGGUUCCAGCGGAAAGGGCGGAGCGUCGCCCUGCGAAAAAAUCGAAGCCAUUUGAGGCCCCACCGCCCAUCAAAUCGCGACCAGAGUGGGUGGACAACUUCCUGUCACCGGAGGGUGACCACGCAGUAGAGGACGAUGGCAACAGCAGCAAUGAAAUGGCAAAGCCGCCGCCAAAGCAGCGUGUAAGUAGGUCUAUGGUUGGAAAGGGACGCCGCAGCAAAUCAGAAGUUAUAGUACGGGAUCCUAAGAUCGCCACCAUUGUGCAAAACCACAUUGAAGCCCUGGAAGAUGGGAGCGAAGAGGAGGAGGAAGAUGAGGAGGACAACGCCGUUCAACUUGGUGCACUGGCCAAAAACGAAGAGAAGCAAGUGCGCAAGGUACAUGCACAUGUUCUGGAGGAAAUUGCGAAGGCCGAGGAGAAACUUGUUGCCUUCCACCGCCGACACAUUGACACCAAAAUGACAGGUAUCAAGGAUGAGAUCCGUGCAAUUCAAGCCUUUGAGGAUUCGGACUCUGUCGACGAAUACGUGAACCGCGUGCGCACGCUACUGCUUCGGCAGAAGCAGGAUGUGGAAACAAUAUUAGGACUGCUGAAUGGUAUUACUGGCAUGCUACGUGAGGAAGAGGAGCUCUCCAGCACGUUAACCACGUCGUUGAAGGGUGGUAAGUGA